CUAAGCGAGCCACGUGGGAACUUGCUCCAUCAAUUCACCAUGCAGAACAGUCACAGCGGCGUGAAUCAGCUCGGCGGUGUGUUUGUCAACGGCCGGCCGCUGCCAGACUCAACCAGACAGAAAAUCGUCGAACUCGCCCACAGCGGGGCUCGCCCGUGCGACAUCUCCCGAAUUCUGCAGACCCAUGCAGAUGCAAAAGUCCAAGUGCUGGACAAUCAAAACGUAUCGAAUGGCUGUGUGAGUAAAAUUCUGGGCAGGUAUUACGAAACUGGCUCCAUCCGACCGCGGGCUAUCGGAGGUAGCAAACCGAGAGUAGCGACUCCAGAAGUUGUAAGCAAAAUAGCACAGUAUAAACGGGAGUGCCCUUCCAUCUUUGCUUGGGAGAUCCGAGACAGAUUACUAUCGGAGGGGGUCUGUACCAACGAUAAUAUACCCAGCGUAUCGUCGAUCAACAGAGUCCUCCGCAACCUGGCUAGCGAAAAGCAACAGAUGGGUGCAGAUGGAAUGUAUGACAAGCUAAGAAUGCUGAACGGCCAGACUGGAACGUGGGGCACGAGACCUGGGUGGUACCCGGGGACAUCCGUCCCAGGACAGCCAACGCAAGAUGGCUGCCCACAGCAAGAAGGUGGGGGUGAGAACACCAACUCCAUCAGUUCAAAUGGUGAAGAUUCAGAUGAGGCCCAGAUGAGACUCCAGCUGAAAAGAAAGCUGCAGCGAAAUCGGACAUCCUUUACCCAAGAACAAAUUGAAGCGCUUGAGAAAGAAUUUGAGAGAACUCAUUAUCCUGAUGUGUUUGCCAGAGAAAGACUAGCUGCAAAAAUAGACUUACCUGAAGCAAGAAUACAGGUGUGGUUUUCCAACAGGCGGGCAAAGUGGAGACGGGAAGAGAAACUAAGGAACCAGAGGAGACAAGCCAGCAACACCCCCAGUCACAUUCCCAUCAGUAGUAGUUUCAGCACAAGUGUCUACCAACCAAUCCCCCAACCCACAACACCUGUUUCCUCUUUCACAUCAGGUUCAAUGCUGGGCAGAACAGACACCGCGCUAACAAACACAUACAGUGCUUUGCCUCCCAUGCCUAGCUUCACAAUGGCUAACAACCUGCCUAUGCAACCCCCAGUACCCAGCCAGACUUCCUCUUACUCCUGUAUGCUUCCCACAAGUCCGUCAGUGAAUGGGAGGAGCUAUGAUACAUACACCCCUCCUCACAUGCAGACACAUAUGAACAGUCAGCCAAUGGGCACCUCUGGCGCCACCUCAACAGGUCUUAUUUCCCCUGGAGUGUCCGUUCCGGUUCAAGUUCCUGGCAGUGAACCUGAUAUGUCUCAAUAUUGGCCACGAUUACAGUAA